ACACAACUCCUAUUCGCAAACCGGCGCGAUGUACAACUCCUCACCGUGCCCGCUUCCAACUUCUCACAGACGUCUUCCGUCACCGUCGUCGAGGGCCUCCAAGAUGCCGCGGCCGUCGACUUCCUCUACUCGCAAAAUCUCAUAUUCUGGACGGACGUUAGUUUGGAAGCAAUCAAAAGAAUGUUUAUUAACGGCUCCGAUGUCGUCGAGGACGUUAUUACGACGGGGCUCGUCGCCCCGGAUGGACUCGCCUGUGAUUGGAUGAGCCGAAAAUUAUAUUGGACUGACGCUGAUACAAACAGGAUAGAAGUCAGUGAGAUUGAUGGGAAAUCAAGAACUGUUUUAUUUUGGAAGGAUUUACAUUUGCCGAGAGCAAUAGCGUUAGAUCCGGAACAUGGGUACAUGUACUGGACUGACUGGGGGGAAAUUCCAAAAAUUGAGAGGGCGGGCAUGGACGGUAGUGACCGCGUGGCUAUAGUGACCGAUGGUAUUUAUUGGCCCAAUGGGCUGACCAUCGACUACCCUAGCCAACGUCUUUACUGGGUGGAUGCAAAGGAGAGUUUUAUCAAAAGCAGUGAUAUGCAUGGUUUAAAUCAAGAGAUUAUUUUAGAGGGGAAGGGGGAGCUGGAACACCCGUUUGCUCUGACCGUUCAGGAUGAGUGGUUGUACUGGACGGACUGGGAGACUCAAUCAAUACACGCUUGCAAUAAAACGACCGGUGAGGAGCGAUGGGUCAUCCAUACCGACAUAUCGCCGAUGGAUAUCCAUGUUUUGAGUGGGGAGAGACAACCUUCUAAUUUUUCUAAUCCAUGUGAAGAGGACAAUGGGGGUUGUUCGCACCUGUGCCUGCUCUCUCCAUCUGAAAGGGGAUACUCCUGCGCCUGUCCUACUGGGGUCAAACUCUUGGAGGAUGGUUUCAACUGUGCAAAUGGUGCUCAGGAAAUGUUGCUUCUGGCUCGUCGUAAAGAUAUCAGGAGGAUAUCACUCGACACACCAGACUACACCGACAUCAUCCUCCCCCUCGAAGACAUCGAACACGCCAUCGCCAUCGACUACGAUCCCAUUGAUGGUUAUAUAUACUGGACAGACGAUGCAAUCAGAGCAAUAAGAAGAGCUAAGCUUGAUGGUUCAGAGAGUGAAUACGUGAUCACCAAUGACAUCUUACACCCUGACGGGAUCGCUGUGGACUGGAUAGCAAGGAAUCUUUACUGGACAGACACGGGUAACGAUCGUAUCGAAGUUUCGCGGCUCAACGGUACCUCCCGGAAGAUGAUACAUGCAGAAUACAUGGACGAGCCUCGGGCCAUUACGGUUGAUCCAGUCAAUGGUUACAUGUACUGGACGGACUGGGGGAUCGUUUCAAAGAUCGAGCGUUCAAACCUGGACGGAUCCAACCGCACUGUCCUCGUGAACACUUCCCUUGCUUGGCCAAAUGGGAUCGCAGUGGAUUUCGCGGAGCAGAGGAUUUACUGGGGAGAUGGCAUGAAGGAUAAGAUUGAGAUGAUCAACGCAGAUGGAACGAAUAGAAGGGUUCUCGUCUCGGAGGAUAUUCCACAUAUAUUUGGCUUCAGUUUAUUGGGUGAUCAUAUCUACUGGACAGACUGGCAGAAGAGAACGAUUGAGAGAGUCAGCAAAGAGGAUGGAUCGGGAAGAGAGAUCAUCAUCGAAUCUCUUCCAGAACUCAUGGGGCUAAAAGCCAUCACAAUGGAAAAACAGAUUGGCACCAACACAUGCGGGACAAACAACGGAGGCUGCAGUCACCUGUGUCUGUACCGCCCUCAGGGGCAGGUCUGUGCCUGUCCGAUGGGUCAUGAGCUCCUCGCCGACGGAAAGACCUGUAUCGUCCCGGAAGCUUUCCUCCUCUUCCUCCGAACAGAAGACAUCCGUCGCAUCUCCUUGGAGACUACGUACAAGGAUGUGGAGAUUCCGCUGAGCGGCAUUGAGGAAGCUACAGCAUUGGAUUUUGAUAUCUUGGAUAACAGGAUAUAUUGGACCGACUCCAAAGCAAAGAAAGUGACGCGUGCAUUCAUGAACGGAACUGACCUUCAAGAUGUCAUAGAGUUUGGCCUACAGCAGCCUGAGGGGUUAGCCGUCGACUGGCUUGCCCAUAACAUCUACUUUGCUGAUACGGGCAAGAGACGCAUCGAAGUAGCUCGGCUGGAUGGUAACUCACGAAGGGUCAUCAUCUGGAAGGACAUUGUCAUGCCCCGGUCACUGGCGCUUGACCCUAUGGAAGGUUAUAUGUACUGGUGCGAAUGGGAUGGUGCCUCUCACAUCGAGCGUGCCUACAUGGAUGGGAGUAACAGAGAAAUACUGUACCAGGGCGGUCGCGCCAGCGGUCUUACCAUCGACUAUGAAGACCGGAGGCUCUACUGGGCAUCCUACGACACCAACGCCGUUGAAUCCACAAACAUGAUCGGUGGAGAUCAUCGGCAUCUGUUCACGGACGAGCUCCCCCACCCGUUCGGAGUGACGCAGUUCCGGGACUUUGUCUACUGGUCUGACUGGGAGUCCCAGACCAUUGAGAGGUGUAAUAAGACCAGCGGAGCUAACAGGACCAGGAUCCAAGGUGGCUUGGACUAUGUCAUGGACAUCUUGGUCUUUCAUUCAUCAAGGCAGGCCGGAUGGAACCCAUGUUCGGAGGAGAAUGGAGGAUGCGAGCAGUUGUGCCUCUCUCAUCCCAACGAAACUAGCAAUGAGUGGGACUAUGUGUGCGGAUGCAGCACUCACUACACAUUAAACACAGACAACAAAACCUGCUCUCCUCCAGAGAAGUUCCUCCUGUUCAGCCAGCGCAACUCCAUCAGUCGUAUAACCUUUGACUUCAAGGAUAGUCCUGACAUCAUCCUACCGAUCCACGGCGUCCGCAACAUCCGACGGAUCGCCUACGAUUUCGACGAGAAGCGGGUUUACUGGAUAGACAAGAGCAGUAACGAUAUCAAGAGGGCGUAUGAUAACGGAAUUGAGCAACGCACCUUCAUAGCCAACCCUGGCGGAGGCGCACCCUUUGAACCCACGGACAUGGCCAUUGACCCUUACAGCCGCCUCCUCUUCUGGACAUGCGCCAAUCAGAGUACGAUCAACGUCACGCGGCUCAACGGCUCGGCAGUGGGUGUGGUCGUUAGCGAUAAGCUUCAGAAGCCACGCCUCCUUGCUCUUAUGCCAGAGAAGGGGUUAAUGUUUUGGACCAACCACCGUCUGUUACCGAAGAUCGAACGUGCUGCCCUCGAUGGCGAGGACCACAUGGUCAUCGUGACGGAGGGUCUAGGUCGACCACGUACCCUGACUGCUGAUUACCGCAGCGAGAGGAUAUACUGGAUCAGUCAAGAAUUGGAUUAUGUCAUUAGUACUACAAUCACAGGCAAAGAUGUGCUAAGACUGACUGUUGAGUUAGCGAGUCCAGUUGGUCUAACCAUCAUGGAUGACUAUCUCUACUGGGUUGACCGUAAGGCUGAGGCGGUCAAGCAAGCAGACAAACUGGAUGGAAACAACCAGUACAAGGUCAAGGGUCAGAUGGUGAGCUUGACCGAUGUCCUGGCCGUUGACGGCAAUUUGAUAGAAGACCAUCCAUGCCUUUUUGACAACUACGGAUGCUCUCAUCUGUGUAUCAUCUCACCCGAUGGGGGCGCUAGAUGCUCCUGCCCUCUCAACUUGGUCCUGGACGAGGACGAGAAGACGUGCGUUGAACCGCCAACCUGCGCACCGGACGCCUUCAGCUGUGUGUCGGGGAACAUUGCGUGUAUCCCGAUUGGCUGGCGCUGUGACGGGUUCUCUGAAUGCGAAGACGCCAGUGAUGAAAUGGAUUGUGUCGAAUGUGAUGUUGGCGAGUUCAAGUGCAGCGGGAUCCAGUGCAUCGCUCUUUCUCUGCGUUGCGACGGGAAGCCCGACUGUCUCUACGGUAACAGCGAUGAAGAGCAGUGUCCGCAGUGUUCCAACCCUCAGUCUUUCCCUUGUCUGAAUGGUCAGUGUGUGGUCAAGCAGGGUACGGAAUGUGAUGGGAUCAUCGACUGUGUUGACGGGAGCGAUGAGCAUGCUGGCUGCUACCUUUCACCUAGCGACAUACCACCCGGCUACACCCCUCAUGGCGGGAGGAGGAUGAAUACUGCCCUUGUUGGUACGCUGGUGGCAGCCUUCUCCCUGGCCAUCAUGGUGAUCGGGACGUUCUUCCUGUGUCGACGACGUUGCAUUCAGCAAUCAGGAAGCCAGGAGGAUUAUGGGACUCCGGCCGACCAGAACUUCUCGACAGUCCUCAUGUUGAAUCAACUUGGCAAAGAACAUAUCACCCACAAAUACCUCAAUUCGGGAAGACCCCACCCCAAGUCCACCAACCUCAACUCCUGUUCAUCCAAAGUCUCGCCGAAGAGCGGGAGCGGAGGGGAGAGCAGUACGUGUUUCUACGAGCGCAACCUCCCCACGGGGGCCUCCUCCUGCUCCUCCGAGAUGUUCAGCUCGACGGGGACGAGUAAUUACCCCAAGGAAACCCUCAACCCCCCUCCCAGCCCUGCCACGGAGCGAUCCCACUGCACCACAGAGAUUUACUACGCCCCCGUCCCUAAUCCAUCCCUCAGUAACUUCAGACCUUAUAGACAUCACAAAUUAUAUUCCACCAAAUAUAUUCCACCUCCGCCGACGCCGUGUUCGACGGACAUCUGCGAAGACAGCGAGCCCUACUCAAUGGGAGGGGCCGCAGCCGCACCGCCAGUGCCGCAUCAUAAAUACACAAACAUUUCAAAAUCACGACGGAAAAAGGGCAAGUACAGCCAUUCGAACAUUGCCAAUCCGGAGGCGGUAAACUAUGACUCUGAACCCUAUCCGCCCCCGCCGACGCCGCACAGCCAGUACUUAAGCGACAAUUUUGACAGUUGUCCGCCGUCGCCGUCGACGGAGCGGAGUUUCUUCAACCCGUACCCGCCACCGCCCUCCCCCGCCACGGAUUCAACGUAGCACAGAAAGAAAGCACAAAAGAGACUUUAUAUUUUCUACAUGCACUUGGAAGAUUUUAAUAAACGGGUUAUUUCAUCGAGCGGAGACCAUAUCGCUUCUGGAAAGUCUUUGAACUAUGACCUACAUGAAGAAAGACAGUUGACCUCUAACCUACUUUCAUGCAAAAGGUCAAAGAACUUUGUGAGCGGUCGAAGGAUAUGAGAUUUUUAUUGCACUGACUGGGAGAGCCGGCCAUGACUAUUGUUUAUAUUAAAAUCUAUAUCAGGGAUAUACAUAUAUGAUAUAUAUAUUUUUUUUGUUUUAUACAUUGUAUGCUGGUGGGAAAAAGACCAAGUUUGGAAGCGUUGUAACCAGCACGAAUUCAAGCAUCUCAACUUUGCAAGUUUAUUUAUUUCUCAACUAUGUGAUUUUACUUGUAAUGCACCAUUGACAACUGCUAGCUACCCGCUGUGAGCAUCCGUCAAUUCGAUUAGACCUGCGUUUGGUACAUCGUUUUUUGUUUCGUCAUCGUUCGUUAAAUUGAAUCAUCAACUUUCCCUUGGAGAAAAUCAUUUAAAUUCUUUCAAGAAUGUACUUGCUUUUCAUGUGGAUAAGGAUUUGUGUCGCACCAGGAGGUAUUUGGGAAAGUUCUGCCAUUGCGUCCUACUGUGUUAUUUCAAUUGUAAGGGACCGACCCAUCGUGAGCAUUUGCUUUUAUCCAAUCAGAUACAAGGAUAUCAGUAGCUUAUAACAGUGAGCAUCCAUCAAAUCUCUCGAUGUUGUGAUUGAUACAUCAUUUGAGAUCCAUCAUCGGCAGCUUCCUGUCAAGUUUGUUCACAUACUGCAAAAAUCGAUAAAUGAAAGAGUAUACUCGCUUUUCGUCUGGAUCAUCAUCAGUGAGACAGCAAGAUUUAAAGGAAAUACAAACUACAUGUAGAAGCCAUGUGUAGCACCAGCUCAAGUCCUCAACUACACAAAUCUGACCAGGUUCCUUACCCACAAUGCAGUAUUCUUAGCAGUGUAGUCUUGUAAUAUAGACCAUCUGGAAUGAUAACACUCUAAUUCAUAAAAUGUUUCCAAGAUCUUUAUAGCUGAGUGAUUACCAAAGCUGGUGGGUGUUUCAUAAAGCUGACCGUAAAGUUACGCACAACUGGAACAUGUUCUUAGGUCAAAAAUGUAUUACAUAGGGAUAUCAUAUAGCACAAGAAAGGAUCACCAGUCAUGCGUAUUUUACGAACAGCUUUUUGAAACACCCACCAGGUUAUAUAAUUAUUUAUUCAAUAGUGAUGGUUUAGAUAAAUCAAAUGCCCACCUCAAAUGAAAACAUAGAAAGGAGAGUCAAUGAACAAAGAUGUACUUUUUAUUUUCAUCCAGUACUAGACCUCAUAAAAACCGCCUCAAUCUUCAUAUUUAAUCACGAAUGUAAUUUUGUUUUUAAAUAUACACUACUUAGAGAGUUGCCAACUAUGACCGAUUUUCAGUAAUUAUUACUGAAGAAAAAAAAAUACUGAUGCAAAAUACUGAUUUCCAAAGUUUCAGUUUUAUGUUCUGUCCUACGCUAUUUCUUUGAAAAUACAAAUUUCCUCACCAAAAUAUUGAUAUUCAACUUUUAGAAUACUGAAAUGUUCUUAUUCAGGUCGGUAGGUCUGUAGGUCUGUACCUAGAUUAUAUUGUAGGUUAGAACAAGAAUGCGUCGUAUGUUGGUGGCAUUCUAAUAUUCUGUGGUGCUGUAUUUUUUUUUUUUUUUUU